AUCCACUCUCUAUUUCUUUGCAUAUUUCUCCAAUUUUACCCUUCCAUUAUAUAUGUAACCAUUUUGCGAUUCAAUCUACUUGAAUUUUUCAAAUUUACAAAAUGGGGAUGUCCAUGAGUUUCAUGGGAAAAGGGUUGCCUUCAAACCAGAUGGUAGGUUUUGUUAUGGGGACUCUCUACAAGCAAUUUGUGGACCAAGAUAUUAAGAACGUUGAGGAAUUCCACAUGGCUAUUCUUGAUAUCUUCAACGCAUUCAACUCAGCAUUGCCUGGUAAACAUUAUGAUGCACCCUCAAGAAAAGAGAUAGAGGCAUGUUUUAGUUUUUGGAAACAUGCUUCAGAUGCACAAAGAAAAGAACUCUUCAUUGAAUUGAUGAAGAAGAGCGUAAAACUUAGCAAGAUAGAUGACUCCGCCUUGGUCACCGGAGUAGUAACACCACCGGCAGCAAUGGCUGCCAAGAAAGCGGCGGAGAAUUUGCCUCAGUUAAAGAUAUUAAAGGCUGUGCCAGAUGUUGUCUUUGUGCCUGCAGCAACAGUAUUAGCUCUUAUCUCUGCUAAGCUUACAAAAAGGACGUUCUUUGGAAGUUCAGCGUCUCCUUAAUUCUAAAAUAAAUUGUAGUAUGAAUUAUCUUGUAAUAACUAAAUAAAAUAUUAAAAUUUCAAGCUCUUUAUAAUUGCAUUUAAUGUUUUUAA